AUGUCUUCCGACAAACGUGUCUGCCUCGCCUACUCUGGCGGUCUCGACACUUCGACAAUCCUCAAAUGGCUGAUUCUCGAGGGCUACACCGUCGUCGCUUUCCUUGCCGAUGUCGGUCAGCAGGAAGACUUUGCUGAGGUCGAGAAGAAGGCUCUGGCUCUCGGUGCUGAGCGCAUGAUCAUCGAGAACCUGCAGCAGGAGUUUGUUGAUGAGCUCAUCUUCCCUGCCAUCCAGUGCAAUGCAAUUUACGAGGACCGAUACCUCCUUGGAACGAGUCUGGCCCGCCCCGUCAUUGCUCGCGCUCAAGUCCGGACCGCCCACAAGUACAACUGCAAGAUUCUCAGCCACGGCUGCACUGGCAAGGGCAAUGAGUACGUUUUCUCGCGCCAAGUCAGAUUCGAACUUGCCUGGAAGGCAUGCGACCCUAGCCUCUCCGUCAUCGCCCCAUGGAGAAUUCCCGCCUUCUUCAACCGUUUCGCAGGCCGACAGGAUCUCCUGAAGUUUGCUGCUGAGAACGGCAUCCCCGUCUCGUCCACUCCCAAGGCCCCGUGGUCUCAGGACGAUAACCUGGCUCACUGCAGCUACGAAAGUGGUAUCCUCGAGAAGCCUGACAUGCCUGCACCCAAGGAUGUCUGGACUCGAACUGUCGAUCCCCUCGAGGCCCCCGAUGUCCCCACCAAGUUCUCUGUCACCUUCCGAGCUGGAAUUCCCGUCGAGCUCAAGGUUGAGGGUGGUGAGACAGUGACCGGCUCUCUUGAGCUCUUCAAGGCCCUGAACGACAUCGCUGGCCGUAACGGCGUUGGAAGAAUAGAUAUUGUUGAGUCGCGCUUCAUUGGCCUGAAGAGUCGUGGAGCCUACGACUCUCCUGCAUUGACUGUGCUCAGACUUGCACACAUCGAUAUUGAAGGAAUGACAGUCGACUCCAAGGUCAAGCAGAUUAUGCACUGGAUUGGAAACGAGUGGUCGCAGUGCCUUUACAAUGGCAUGUACUUCUCCCCUGAGCGUGAAUUGCUCGAAAACUCCAUCCACUUCAGCCAGAAGCACGUUCACGGUACAGUGAACAUGAUGGUCUACAAGGGAGCAGCUCACGUCCUUUCCAGGUCUGCACCUGAGAGCAUCUUGUACAGUGAGGAACAGGCCAGCAUGGACACCCUUGAGGGCUUCAGCCCGGAGGAUACCAGUGGAUUUAUCGCCAUCCAGGCUAUCCGACUGGAGAAGUAUGGUGCUGCCAAGAUCCAGUACGGCGAGCCCUUGACUCGGGGUGCAUAG